AAAAAAAAACAAAAAGGAAAACUCUAAAACCAAAAACAAAAGCAAAAGCCGAAGCCCAGAGCCCCAGACCCAGAGAGAAAGAAAGAGAAAAGAGAACGAGACAAACUCUUCUCCCCGAGAGAUUUUCCCCUCCGUCGCCCAUCCUCGCCUGAGCUUUCCUUCUCUCUUCACGCACAGCAAUGGCCGAUCAGCUCACCGACGACCAGAUCUCCGAGUUCAAGGAGGCCUUCAGCCUAUUCGACAAGGACGGCGAUGGGUUGCAUCACCACCAAGGAGCUCGGAACUGUGAUGCGUUCGCUGGGACAGAACCCAACCGAAGCCGAGCUUCAAGACAUGAUAAACGAGGUUGAUGCCGAUGGCAAUGGCACCAUCGAUUUCCCGGAGUUCCUCAACCUCAUGGCCCGCAAGAUGAAGGACACCGACUCCGAGGAGGAGCUCAAGGAGGCCUUCCGGGUGUUCGACAAGGACCAGAACGGUUUCAUCUCUGCAGCUGAGCUCCGUCACGUGAUGACGAAUCUUGGGGAGAAGCUGACCGACGAGGAGGUCGAUGAGAUGAUCCGCGAGGCUGAUGUGGAUGGUGAUGGCCAGAUCAACUACGAGGAGUUUGUCAAAGUCAUGAUGGCCAAGUGAGGACUACUACCUACUACUCCCACACUCUUUAUCUCAAAAAACCCUAGAAAAGCAUUUUCAAAAAGGGGGUAGGAAAAGCAAUAGGGAACAGAGCAGACUAGUCUGAUGAUGAGAAUUUCCAGUUUACCAGUAGGACUUCAUGUCGAUUGGGUCUUUGUUUUCAAUUAGCGUUCGGUUGGGGUUUGAUCGGUCUGGUUUGUCUUCAGUUUGCAUUGUUUCUGUAUUCAGUUUCUCUUUGCUGGGUCUCUACUUGUUUGCUCUGUUCCCCGGGUUUAGUAGUCUGCUUGUUGUUAGCUUUUUUUCUGAUAUAAUGUUUUUGCUUAUCGUUUUGGUACCAUGAACCUAGAACAAUUGGGAUAAUUGGAUGCUUUUUGUCUUGUGGAUUGACUAAUUUUUGUUGAUAUUUCCAAAUUGUGAACUCUCUUCCUUGGUAGGC